UAGUAGUAGUUUUAUCGUAUGGACCAAAAAGUCAUAAUUGUUAGUUUUGGGGGUUUGUGAAAAAGAUAGGAAUGCUUGUUACCUACUCUUAUUAACUUCUCUGUCUCUGUCUCUCUCUCUUCUCUACUACAUCAGAGUCUCUUUAAGCAAAAACUGGGACACAGAAGAAACUUAAAAGUCUUCUUAAGGUUUCUCUGUUCUGUUCUUGUUUUCUUUGGAAAAUGCAGAAGCACAAAUGCAAGCUCUGUUCCAAAAGUUUCUGUAAUGGCAGAGCACUUGGUGGUCACAUGAAGUCCCACUUGGUCUCAUCGCACACGCCCACUCGGAAGAAGCUCCUCGGUGACUCGGUUUAUUCCUCUUCGUCUUCCUCGGACGGUAAAACUCUGGCCUACGGGUUGCGAGAGAACCCGAGGAAGAGCUGCCGGGUCUUUAACCCGGAUCCUGAGUCGUCCAUCGUUUACAACAGCGAGACUGAGACCGAACCUGAGUCAGUGGACCCGGUUCGUAAACAGGGCAGAGCAGAUGUUUCUAAGAAGAACAAGAAGAAGACAAGGAGUAAGAAGAGAGUGUUUGAGAACUCGUCCGAGUCUGGAAAGAAGCAGACGAAGAGGAGUAAAAGUAACUCCAACGAGUCGCCAGAGCCGGCGAGCUCUGUCUCCGACGGUUCUCCGGAGCAGGAUUUAGCCAUGUGUUUGAUGAUGCUCUCGAGAGAUUCAAGGGAGGUUAAGCUGGAGAAACCCAUUAUCAAAGCGGAAGAGAUGAAGCCGGAAAAGAGACAUGUCCCGGAGCUCCGCCGCUGUAUGUUAGAUCUGAAUCUUCCUCCGCCGCAAGAAAGCGACGUUGUCGCCGUUGUCUCGGCCAUAUAAAACAGUUGAGGUUUGCAGAGAUGAUACAAAAACUAAAGCAUCUUUGUUGAUUUGGCUUUUCUUCAAGAUCAUUAUUUUUUUUUAAACUAGAAACCAUUUUACUGGUUUUGGAAUCUUUAGAUGGUCUUUAUCAGAACAAUGUACUUUUGAUGUAAGACAGAAGCAAACCCCAAGAAACAAGCUAUGUUUCUAGAUUUCUUCUUCUUUUCUUAGGGUGAUUGGAUGAUAUAAUAUAUGGUUGGAUCUAUGUUACAUUGUUUUUGAUAUUUGGAUUUCUUGAGAUGA